CCGCACAUGUCUUUUCCUGCCGAUACCAUUAAACGUCUGUUUGAGCAGCCGUUGACACCUCAGCAAUAUGUCGCCAUCACCACAGGAACUGUAGCCACAGGCUUGGCUAUAUUAGCCAUGCUAUAUCCAGACAAAGCCGUGUUUGACAAUGACGACCGAGUCUUUGCCAGAAGAAAGGGAUACCCAAUUCUUGGAAACCUUCCUCAUAUCUUGCAGAACGUCGAGCAUAUUCAUGACUUCAUGCUCUUGAACUUUGAAACUUUUGGGACAACACUGUCUGGUUCAGCCUUUGGUAUGCCCAAAGCUAUUGAAACAGCUGACCCAGCUAAUGUUGAAUACUUUCUCAAGACUAACUUUGAAAACUAUCAAAAGCCGCCAAGGAUGUACAAUGCUAUGGACGACUUGUUUGGGCACGGUAUCUUCAACGCAGACGGUGAAAUAUGGAAAUACCAGAGAAAGACAGCUGCCCAUAUCUUUAACGUCAAGAACUUUAGGGAUCUAUUUACCGAUGUCUUUGUCGAAAAAUUUGGGUAUAUGAAGACCCACCAAUUGAAUAACGCCGUAGAAACAGGAUUACCUCUGGACUUCCAAGGUUUGAUGUUUAAGUAUACCUUGGAAGCGUUCGUCAAGCUUGGAUUUGGCGAGGACCUGGGAGCCUUGCGAAGUGAGGCCAAACUGCCUUUUGCAGAAUCUUUUGACGAAGCUCAGGUCAGAACUUCUAGACGACUGAUGCUCCCCUUCUGGAAAGCCCGUGAAGCAUUUAGCCGUAUUUUCAAACCAUGGGAAACACCUAUGAGCUAUCAUAUCAAGAUUGUGAACGACUAUGCCACGUCUAUUGUCCAGAAACGCCGAGCGGAGGUCGAAGCUGGUGUCGAGAAGCAUGAUCUUCUUACACGCUUCUUGGGAACCUUGGACGAAAAUGGCCAACCCUUAAACGAAAAACAGUUGCGUGACAUUAUUCUCAAUUUUAUUAUCGCUGGACGUGACACGACCGCACAAGCACUCUCUUGGGGCAUGUACGCUAUCAUGGGACAUCCUGAAGUCGAGAAAAAACUUCUCGAAGAGAUUAUGGAAAACAUCACUGAUGAUGUUGAGAACAAUCCUGCCAAGUUUUAUGAAGCCGUAAAGAAUAUGAAGUACAUUCAUGCAACUUUCUAUGAAAUCUUGCGCCUCUACCCUCCGGUUCCCGCAAACUCUAAAUAUGCUCGUGGCGACGAUGUUUGGCCAGAUGGUACCAUCAUUCGAAAGGGUGAUCAUGUAAAUUGGAGUCCAUAUUCUCAAGGCCGACUUGAAUCGAUUUGGGGACCUGAUGCCAAGGAGUUUAAGCCUGAACGUUGGAUUGUAAAUGGCGAAUUGAAGCGUGAGUCCCAAGGUGUUUGGCCCGUUUUCCACGCUGGUCCACGAGUUUGCUUGGGCCAAAAUCUUGCUACCUUGGAGUCAAUUGUGGUUCUGUCCUUGAUGUUGAAAAAUUAUCAAUUUAAGCUUGUGCCUGGACAAACCAUCACGUAUUUAGUAUCUAUCACCAUGCCCAUGAAAAAUGGUAUGCAGGUUUACGUCGAAAAGCGUUAAGGACCUCUUAACAGCAAGUUUUCUGCGCCCGCCACCGCUCUCCUUUUACCCUUUCCUCUCCUUUCUAUAUAUCUAUGGAUACAUUUACAUGCAUUAGCAUUAGCAUAUUAAUAAAUCAGCCUUCAUGGUUCAGAAAUUA